GUCCACCUUGACGCUCUAUUGGUAUAUUUUCUAUGAGUUAGCGCAGUGAACCAGGCAAAACCAGUAUCGCGAACUGGACCUAAGCAGGAGUAGAGAGUCCAGACUGGGAGUCCAGCUGCACCAGUGACACCAGGACGUUAGUGUGACGAGGUGUGUGUCUGUGUGUGUGUCUGUGUGUGUGUUAGAGACAGACAGAGAGCCGCUGUGCGCCUAGAAAGCAUUUAUUAAGCUGCUCUCUCUGUCAGCCACCAAUUAAUUUAUCGGAUAGUAAACCAGACACCAGGAGAGAGGACAGAGAGGAGUUAGUGGCGGCUCUGGAGAGCUGUCACUUUCUGUCUGUGUGUGUGUGAGAGAGAGAGUGUGUGUUCGUGUGCGUGUGUGUGUGCGGAGAGGGAUUAUCAGCACGCGCGUAAUGCGGAGCGCAGUUUUUGGUGAUGCGUUCAGUCGGGAGAUGUGCAGCGCGGAGCAGUGAACCUUCAGCGGCAUAUUGAGGCGCAGGAGCAGCAGAAGGAGAAGAAGGAGGAGAAGGAGAUCCUGCAGGUUUUUUUGGAGGGUUUUUUUCCGUCUCUGCGCGUCACAGGAUUCCGACUCAUUGUGUGUUUCAUUUAUUCCAUCAACGCUCGUGUUCCUCUGCUGCAAAGUCAAAGAUGCGCACCGCUGAACAAAGGAUUUAAGGGGGAAAACGAGCAAGAAUCCCCUGCACGUUUUUAAUCCUGACACCCCGGGGUGCUUCGUCCAUGUCCGUUCUGCAGCGGAGGACAACAGACACGGGCUGAAUAAGCGGGUUCCUGUGGUUUUUUCAGAGCGGAGCUGCAGGAGGAACCAUCUGGGCUGAUCGAGUCCAUGUGGAUGGAGAGAGAGUCCUCAGCCAGCGGAGCUCUUUCCGAAAUGUGACAUUUUGACUCUGCCAUCAAACCUGACAACUGUGCAUCUGCCUUCAUUCUCCUCCAGCGGAUUUGUUUACAUCGAUUAAGAGAUGGCGUUCCAGCCGGUCCUCCUCCUGCUGCUGCUGACUGUUGCUCACCGCGCCGCCGGUCAAGACUCCGAGGACCCGGACGCUCUCCCGAGAGGCUGCGGUUGGGGCCUGGUUCGUCCCUACACCCUCCUCUGUGACCUGGACUCCAUAUGGGGCGUGGCUGUCGAGUCGGUGGCUGCCGGCGGGGUGCUGACCGCCAUCUUGCUAGCCCUGAUCCUACUGUGCCGCCUACACCACAUCAGCGAGGCGGAGAAGCGAAGCGGCGUGGGACCCAUCCUCCUGCUGCUCCUCGGCAUCCUCGGCUUGUUCGGCCUGAGCUUUGCGUACCUGAUCGAGCAGGAUGAGUCUUUGUGUUUGCUCCGCAGGGCCCUGUGGGGGCUCCUGUUUGCCGUCUGCUUCUCCUGCUUGCUGGUGCAGGGAGUCCGCCUGCGCAGGAUUGGCCGUGAGCGCCGCAGCCCCGGUGGCUGCGCGCUAACGGGCCUCGCGUUGGGUUUGAGCGCCGUGCAGGGCAUCAUCGCCGCCGAGUGGCUGCUUCUCACCGUGCUGAGGGAGGGACGGGCUGCAUGUCAGUACCUGCCACUGGACUUCUCGUUAGCCUGCAGCUACGUGCUGGCCCUCCUGCUAGCCGCGCUGACUGCCGCCUCCCUGGCCUUGUGUGGGAAGACUCGUCAGUGGCGCUGCAACGCCAUCUGGCUGCUGGUGACCUGCCUGCUGUCGCUGCUGCUGUGGGUGGCCUGGGUGGGCUUCUAUCUGUACGGCAACGCCUGGCUGGGGAGGUCCCCGGACUGGAACGACCCGGCGCUGGCCAUCGCUCUAGUGGCUCAGGGCUGGCUGCUGCUGAUCUUCCACGCCAUUCCUGAAUCUCACAUCUGCCUGAGACCCCCGCCACAGCCGACCGCCCCAGAUUACUUCGACACCUCCCAGAACUCGACACGGAUGAGGGAGACCAGCUUCGACGAAGACAUCCCUCUCUCUCACAGGCAGUUUGUGGAAAACCAGGGCUACGGAUACAACGACGAGAACACUGCAGGCUUGAGGAGCGGUGGCGCCGCCGGGCAGCAUAACAGCAACACCGGCGCCCGGCCCAGUGCUCCUUUCCGCAGCAACGUCUACCAACCCACCGAGAUGACCAUGAUCCUGAACGGGGGAGCGGUGAGUACAUCCUCCCAGUCUCAGGUGCCCUCUGCCCCUCCCACCUACACGGGGAGGCAGCUGUGGUGAACGAGAGGAUCGGAAAGAUGAAGAACGGUAGAAAAUGAAGAAGAGGAUGGAGAGACUGAGGAGGGAGGGGGUCUGGGACGAGGGGCCCCCGAAUGGUUGAAUUGGACUUGGACGCCAACAGGGGCCCCUUUCACUCUGUGUACAGACUUAAACACUGACUGUGUGCCAAUCAACUACCGUAUGAGUGUAUGAGAGCCUGAGAGAGAGAGAAUAGGCUAUGGAGGACAGAGCUAAAGCUCUUCUAGCACACAAAUCUCCAUAGAAGGGUUCCAAAAACUUGAAAUGUGACCAGCAAGUAGCAAAACAAAACACGCUGACUCAGAUCUGAAGAUAUAAACAUGCAGUAUUUUCCUUUUUCUUUUUGAUUUGCUAACCCUGAGACUAUACAGCACUGUAAGCAUCCUUGAAAAAAAACAAAAAACUGUGAAAUCUAUCGCUUUUUUUCCCUCUCUUUCCUGUCAGUCAGGAUGUUUUUUCUGCAAUGCUGGCGCUCUGGUGGAAACAUUUGGCUCUGUCCUCCAUCCAUCCACAGUGUAGGUGAAGACAGAGCACAUGGGCGACUGUACAGCGCUUUAAAAGAAUCCAGCCUCUGUGGGUGUGUAUGUAUGUACAAUUAAAAAAAAAAAAACGAGUGUGUGCGUUCCCUACAUCUCAGACGAACCUUCCCCCCUCCGUGAACACUUCUUCUUCCCUCUCUUAUAUCCGGUUUCACUGCACCGUCUGUGAAUAUAACACAUAGCUCUCACCUUCCUCAUCCUCCCACCUGCAUGGACACUUUCACUCCACGUGAAAAAAACAAAACUGUGAAGCCCGAAACUGCAGUUGGACGAGAAGUUCCCAUGCAGCGAAAGCAGCCCGGAGCACCUGAACAGACGGAGUUGCAAGCUGCUAAUGAACUGCUGUUAGAUAUAUAGACGGUGGAGUAGAGCGUGGCUUCUGAUUGGCUGAGGAGGAUGUCAGUCAUCAGAGGAGGGCGGGGCACCGCUUGGUGAAUCUAGGUCAGAUUGCUGCUGUGUGCUGCUCUCCCACAUCUCCGGUGGCCACUGGCGUUUUUAAAAACCAGCCAGGAGAAACUGUCACUUUAUAUCAGCAGGAAACGGAGCGAGGAAAUGAAACGUUCUCCUCUAAUCUAAUGUGUUUAUGUGUGCGUAUACGUGUGAUUUUAUGAGUGUUUUCGGUGGGGGGGGGGGGGGAGUUGAUUCAAAAGUAAAAGGUUGCUUUCUGGUGCUAAAUAUUCCUCCAACACAACUUCCACACAUGCAGAACUGCAGGAAACAAAAAGCUACAUGCAGAUUACAGUUGCCACAACUGUGAGUGACAGGCUAAAGAUAGAGCUGCGGUCUGGUGUGUGGAGAUAUCCGAGACGCUUAGAAAAGAUCAGAUUUAUAGCCGAGCGAGGUCGGAAGAGGGAGAUCAAAUGGGAAAGAGGAGGAAGAGGAGGAGGAGGAGGAAGAAGGGGGGAUGGGAGUGAGGAGGAUGGAGAUAUAGCGGUCCGAGGGGAAUCUAUCCAUGCGACAGAUCUGUGUGACAAAAAUGGCUCCCGGUCUGUUUGUGUCCACUGUAAAAAAUGUCCCGUUGUUUUUACAGAAAGAAACUGGCAGCUGUGGUUACCAGAAUAAUUCAGUAAAAAAUACAAUCCAUGUGUCAACAUCUUUACAGAACAACUUGUACAUUUUACAUCCUAAAAGUGUUGUAAUUUUAAAAAAAAAAAUACAUUUAAAGUUGUAGAUUAUGCAAAAUUGACAUGCCGAUUUUGCUCCCUGUGCAUUGAAUACCAUUAAAAAUUUAAGACGAAAAAAUACAAAUUUAUGAUUAAAAAAAAAAAAAAAAAAUCAUGGGAAAAAUACAACUUUAUGAGAAAAAAAUGACAAAUUUAAGAGAAAAAAACCCCACAAAUUUUAGUGGAAAAAUCAUAAAUUUACAAGAAAAAAUAUCACAAAUUUAAGAAGAAAAAUCACAAAUUUAAGAAUUUAUAAAAUUAUUUAUGCAAAAUUUACAUGCAGAUUUUGCUUAUUGUGCAUUGAAUACCAGUAAAUUAACAUUCAGUUAUUAUUUAUUGUACACUGAAUACCAACUAACUGUACAAGUUGUUCUGUAAAGUUGUUUACAUUUGUUCUGUAUUUUUUGCAGAAUUAUUCUGGUAACCACAGCUGCCAUUUUUUUCUGUAAAAGCAACAGAAUUUUUUUUACAGUGUGUGUGUUUGUGUGUGAUCUGCUCUGCUCUAUGUGGUCUUCUUCUUCUUUAUCUGGUGAAGCUUCUCCUCCUCCUCCUCCUCCUCCUCCUCCUCCUCCUCCUCCUCCUCCUCCUCCUCCCUGUGGUCGGCUACAGCUCAAGUGUCGCCUCGUGCCAAGAAAGACUCUUCUUCUCUGGAGUCUCCGUUUCACGCCCUUUUUCCUUCAUCAGACACCCGAGAAGCUCCAUGUGUACAUAUUAGUGCUGUAAAGCUUUGCUUGCUUCUUUACUUCCUCCUUUCUUUCUUUUCUUUCUUUUUUAACUGUAGCCUGAGUUUAGACACCAGUGACCCACUGGAGAACUGACUACUGCAACCUUUUUUAUCUGGGGAUUUAUUUUUUUUAGUUUGCUUUAUUUCAUUGUUCAUACAUUUGCUUGUUGCUACAUUAUGCUUUUAUUUCUCUAUCUCUUGCUGGUGUCUUUCAUUUUUUUAAACUAUAGCAUUUUGGAAAUGUUUUGCCAACACUAGAUAUGCUUUUAUUAUUAUGAUAAUUUUAUUUUUUUUGUUUGAUUAAUGUUCAAAUAAAUGAUGUAAGUUGUCAUUUAUAGGGAUUUACAUGACCUCCCGUGCAGGAGAGGUUGUCUCUUUGCUGCAGCAGGAUACUUAUUUUUAUUUUUUCAGAAAAAUUAUGAUAAUGGCUGUGAAUAUUUCUUUUGGCACUUCAUGCAGUAAUCAGUGAUAUAUUCUGCAAUACUUUAGGGGAAAUUAUCAACAAAAAUAUAUCUAUAUACAGAUCAGGGAGGGCUGAAAAAGUAACUUCAAGCCCCCCAACAGUCAUUUUGUUGACUGAAGCCCUGUUCAGACCUGCCAUUAAAGUUGUUACUACCUGAAUCUCUUCACAAUGUGUUUCCACAUUAAAGUUGUGAUUGGACCCCCGCUCCAUGCCUUGCUCAGGGGUCGGCAACCUGCAGCUCCGGGGCCACAUGAGGCUCUCCAGGCCCUCUGAAGUGGCUGUGACAAAAAAAAUUAUACAAAAUGAAACGUUUAUUUUUCAUUGGUGCAGGCCCAAAGCGAUCUGUACUUUUCAAUUGUAAAAAUGUGUAAUUAUACAUGGCUGUAAAAAGAUUUUUAAAACAUUUUAAUCAACUAAAAUGUGCAUUAUAGCUUAUAAAAGGUCUACUGGUCGCCACCUUAAGCUCUUUUGAGUUUCCCUCGCUAGGCUAGCUUUCCAUUCCAAAUCUCAUGAGAUAUUUCAUGCAAAAAUCAUACAAAAUCAUAACAAUAAAUGCUCAUUAUGACCUAUUAUUAAUGUUGAUAGGCUAAUUUAGACCUAGUAGGCCGUAUUAUCUUUAUUCUAAGGCUUAAAAUAAGGUAUGCGGCUCCAUUUUGACUGUUAUUCUCUUAUUUUGGCCGACAAUAUUUUGGCUCUUUAGUUAGUAAAGGUUGCUGACCCCUGGCCUAGCUAAAUGCUAAAUCAAGUCUAAGUCAAGCUUUACGUGACCUACUUAACUACCGAUAGUGAGGCAGACAUUCAUUUAAAUACCUUUUUUAAUUCUCUUUUGCUAUGCCUAACCAUGUGCUUUUUCUCUUAACCUUAAGCCAGUAGAUGUGUGCCUAAUCCUAACCAAAAUACUGCGACCGUUUCACAACGUACACGAUGUAUCUAAAAUGAUAAAAGGACCUGUUGGUCUCCUGCUAGCAGCUGCGCUAAUAGUCGUGUUUCGACUCGGGGUAAAAGUGUCCACUGGGAAAGUCUCAGGCCACGCCCCCUCUAAAGUCCUCUCACUCUGCAUGUCUCCAUUACAAAAAGGCUCCAGAGGGAUUUAGAGACUCUGUGCACAAUGUCAGCAGCUGAAACCAGCAUGGCUAAUUAUGCACAGCGUCUCCGCUGAUCAUAAACACAGUGAUGGUGAAUUAACCAGCAUCGCUAACUGUGCACAGAGUGUCUGGUGCUUGUUGUAAACAAACAGAGAUCGCUAAGUGAACACCUCCUGCAGCAGCAGCACAUACACACUGUACUGCUACAGAGCUAACUGUUAGCCUGUUAGCACAUACACAGUGUACUGCUACAGAGCUAACUGUUAGCCUGUUAGCACAUACACAGUGUACUGCUACAGAGCUAACUGUUAGCUUGUUAGCACAUACACACUGUACUGCUACAGAGCUAACUGUUAGCCUAUUAGCAAUUUCCAGACUGGACGCUAAGGGGUUAACAUCCCCUCCGGCUCUGCAGCUGGGAGAGACUGCUGCAGGAGGACUGUGCCACAGCUCAUUAAGAAGAGUAAGAACAAGUCUCCAAAAACACCAGAAAAAGACAUGAACACCUCCUGCAGCAGCAGCACAUACACACUGUACUGCUACAGAGCUAACUGUAGCUAACUGAUGCUAACGGCGGCUCUUCUUAACGAGCCGGCCUCCGGCUCGUUAGCGGCUCGUUAAGAAGAGUAAGAAGGAGUCGCUGGAUUUGUCUCCAGCCGCUUUUAUGAAAAAUAGUCGCUAAGGGGGUCUGAAACGUAGCUAAAUUUAGCAACAAAGUUGCUAAGUUGGCAACACUGCUUCACCGGCUUUUACAAAUGGCGCGUGUUGUUGUGGCGUCGAGUACUACGUCACAUCCUGCUUAGUGUUCUAUCCAAUCAGUAACCAGGCUUUU